AUCAUCUCAUCAAAACAACAAUCAAACAGCAAACAACCAGAUUUAUUAUACAAGGAAAACAUUUUAAAAAACAGAACACAAACACGCUCAAAGCAGAGGAAUUGUGUUUUUUAACUGUAUUUGAAAUCUAUAUGUUUUUAUCUAUCUAUAUAAUCAUAUAAAUUUAUAUAUAUAUACAUACAUAAUCUAUAUAUAUAUAAUCUGUAUCUAUAUAUAUCUUGGUAUGCCGGAUAAUCGGCGUGUUCAGAGGAAUGGUUCCGUCUCUUCGAAUCCCUCUGUUCAUAACAUUGAAGAAGCUGUAAGGAGAUUGAGGAUUCAGACAGACGGGAAAGAAGACGAUGGUUCGAUGGGGUAUCCGGAUAGACCGGGUGAACCCGACUGUAUAUAUUAUUUAAGGACUGGCAUGUGUGGAUAUGGAAAUAAUUGUAGGUUUAAUCAUCCAACUCACAUUGGCCAGGCCAAUCAACUUGGAGGUGAUCUACCAGAAAGAGCUGGAGAGCCAGACUGUGUGUAUUUUCUGAAAACGGGCACUUGUAAAUAUGGAUCAACCUGCAAAUACAAUCAUCCUCGUGAUAGACGUGGUGCUGGACCCAUUGUGCUGAAUAUGAUUGGGCUACCUAUGAGACAGGAAGAGAAGGCAUGCGCUCAUUACAUACGAACUGGGUCAUGUAAAUAUGGAGUUGCAUGCAAGUUCCAUCAUCCACAGCCAUCAAUGGAUGGAUCAAUACCAUAUGCAUCAACUCUUGUUCCUUCAUCCAGUAUAUCUACAUGGUCAUUACCUAGAGCAACAUAUGUUUCUGAUCCUCUCUUACAGACUCCUCAAAAUUACUUGCCAUUUCUUCUUCCUCCUUCUCAAGGCGUGGGUCCUACACAACCUUGGAGUACUUACAUGAGUAGUCUGAACCCGGUAACCUCGUCUGGCAUCUUUGGUGGUUCGGGUUCUAUUGAACAGUCUUAUCCAUUAACAUCUGCUUCCACUCUUCCCGAGCGGCCCGGUGAACCAGAAUGUCGCUACUUCAUGAACACUGGAAACUGCAAAUAUGGAUCAGACUGCAAGUAUCAUCAUCCAAGGGAGAAGAUUGCUCAAAUGGCUGCUAGCUCACUGGGUCCACUUGGGCUUCCUCUCAGACCUGGGCAAGCGGUUUGUUCAUAUUACAGUCUGUAUGGAAUAUGCAAGUUCGGGCCAACAUGUAAAUAUGAUCACCCUUUGGUGGGAUAUUCAUACAAUUACCCCAUGAAUCUGCCGAGCAUACCAGUUAUUGAUCCAUCUGUAAUUUCAUAUGGCGGGAUGUACCGUUCUUCUAUAUCGUCCCCUUCGAAACAUGCAGGUGCUAGAACACCAAGAAGUACACCAUCGCGUUCACUUUCGCCUGAACAUGAAGACGGUGCCUCCCCUUCAAACUCGGAAUGAAUCUGAUUGAGGUUAUUUAGUGAUAUUUUUGAGAGAUGAAUUCAAGGAUUUAUUUUUGGUUCUGAAUAAAAUGCAGGUGAGGAAAAAUGUUUUAACUUUUACUGCUAUCACUCUUACCAUUUUAUUCGGCAUGAACUGUUUAUUUUUUGUGUCUAUGGAUGAUUCUUGUUAAUGUUAUGAGUUGAUGUUUUCUAUUGGUCUUUUUACUUUAA